UGCAGCUCAAUCUAAAAGCCAGCCGCCUGUUAGGGAAAACAAUAAUCAAGAAACACACUUCAAGUUUUAGAAAAGAAACACAAACAACAAGCAGAAGAAAACUUGGAACCUAUAUCAGGACUGGCUUUUAUUGACGCUAUAGGACUUCACGAUUAAUUUUUAUUUUUAAUUUUUUUUUAAAUAACAUUGUAUCUCAAGAGGAAGAAGAAUCCUGAACGUUCGAAAGGAGCGGGAGAAUCUGUUUUGUUACAAGGAUCAGUAUUGUUUGGACGAGAUCUCGUCAGAAAUGGUCAAUAUGGAAAUUAGCAGCAUGGAUUGUAGCACUUUGAAAGAGUUCCUGGCAGAUGGGGGCCACAAAUGCCUCAUUUUGGACUGUAGGUCGUUUUUCUCGUUCAGCUCAUCCCACAUUAUCGGCUCCAGCAAUGUGAGGUUCAGUACCAUCGUUAAAAGGAGGGCUAAAGGGACCAUGGGCUUGGAGCACAUUAUACCCAACGAGGAGCAGAGGUGCAAGCUGAUAGCUGGGAUGUAUGAAGCAGUGGUUUUGCUGGAUGACAGGACCUCGGAUUUGGACCAACUGAGAAAGGACAGUACCAUGAUUUUAGCUGUCCAUGCCCUGUGUAGAGACCCACGAGGAAGCAGGAUCUUCUUUUUAAAAGGUGGCUAUGAGAUAUUUUCUUCAGAAUAUCCAGAAUAUUGCAGCAAAUCUUCUCCCCCUGUGGGUCUGAGUCUCCCCCUUAGUGCCAACAGUAUGCCAGGCAGUGCUGAUUCAAACUGUACCCCCUGUGGUACCCCACUCUAUGAUCAGGGUGGACCAGUGGAAAUUCUACCAUUUCUGUAUUUGGGAAGUGCUUACCAUGCUUCUAGAAAAGACAUGCUAGAUGCCCUUGGCAUUACUGCCCUAAUCAAUGUUUCUGCAAACUGCCCAAAUCAUUUUGAAGGACAUUAUGUGUAUAAAUCUAUUCCAGUUGAAGACAGUCAUAAAGCAGACAUCAGCUCCUGGUUCAACGAAGCUAUUGACUUUAUAGAUUCUGUUAAAAAGAUAGGAGGACGAGUGUUUGUCCACUGCCAAGCUGGGAUCUCACGCUCUGCCACCAUAUGCCUUGCUUAUCUCAUGAGGACUAACCGUGUAAAACUGGAUGAAGCCUUUGAGUUUGUCAAGCAGAGAAGAAGCAUCAUUUCUCCAAAUUUCAGCUUUAUGGGACAGCUUCUUCAGUUUGAGUCUCAAGUGCUAGCUCCUUCCUGUUCUGCUGAGGCAGGUAGUCCUACAAUAGCAGUUCUUGACCGAGGAACACCCACCACUACAGUCUUCAAUUUUCCAGUGUCCAUCCCUGUCCAUUCUACUGGAGGUUCUUUGAAUUACCUUCAAAGUCCCAUCACUACGUUUCCAAGCUGCUAAGAACACCGAACAAAUAGAACUUUGACAGAAGCACAUAGACUAUAUGUGUUUUUAUUAAGUGCAAUAAUCACCAAAAAACUAUUUCGUUGUCUUUACCUUUUUCAACAUCAGUCCAACAGAUGUGAAGACAAAGUUUUAGCCAGUUGAACUGGUAAACUCUGAUAGAGUCAAAACUGACAUAACGUUGUUUUGCCAUUUUUUUAUGAACUGUGUGUCCCACCACUAAGGAAUUCAAGAGACAAUUCACAACUUGCCUUCUAUUCUAUGUCUGCUAUUAAUGUUUGUUUGUUUGUUUGUUUUCUUUUGCAAUCUCCGUGUUUUAUAAUGGGGAUUUAACAGUAUUUUCAUUCCUGAAUUUUACGUUAUGCUAGUUGGUGAAGAGAGGCUGCUGUCUAUGAAUGCUUUUAUUUUAUUUUUUAUUUAUUCUGCAAGCUGCGUUUUGUCUUCAAAAGCCUAAAAUUUCAGCUUUCAACAGAGCGAAGAAAAUAUACCUCAGUAUUUUGUGGUACUGUAAUUCCCGUUAGUAUCUCAAAGCCAGCUUCAGUUUCCAAAGCACUGACGAAAAAGCACUAGGCCACAGCCUUCUUUUGAGUUUGCGACUGUUGUGAAUAUGCUAUGAUUUUAUUUAUAAUGCAAAAUAAUAUAUUUCUUCUCCUGGGAGAAGACCUUUUUAAUACAGAAUUAUGAACUUUUUUUAUACUGAUAGAAUAAAUUAUGACAUUUGUAUUGAAAAUCGA